UUAUUUUAACAAAGGUUUAUAGUGGUAUUACCGAAUGAUCUAUCUUCACAAUAUUUAUGUUACCCUCAUUAACAUAAUAGCCUAGACUCAUCCCUUAUGGUGAAACGUUCUGAUUAGUCAGUCAUCGUCAAUCUAGAGCCUAAGGCAAAUAUGUGUUAGCUCAUGUUGGGAUAUCAUAUUUAACAUAACGAGAUAAAAUUAACAAGACGAAUAAUAGAAGAAUCAAAAUAAUGUAAUAACAACGACAAUGAAGAUGACUGGUUAUUGAGAAUAUGGUCCGAAAAGACAAUGAGAAAGCAUGUGUGGAGGAAGACUGGAAGAUAAAGGGAGACCCAAUUUCACCGUCAUAGUAACUGAGAAAAAAAUAUAUAUAUUCUUUGUGUUUGAAGUAUUUAUUUUCAAAUGAAAACGUUCAUCUAAUUGUCUACUCACUAAUUAACAAUUUCUUAUGUAGUCGAAUAGCAAAAAAAAACAAGAAAAGAAUCUUAUUUUCAAUGUUAAAAUUACAAACGACGUCAGUUCUAUCAUUAACAUUAUUAUUAGUACUAUUAUUGUUAUCAUUACCAUUGUUAAUUCUUCUUUUUACAAAAUGACUAUUUCAAAUAAAUUUGGAUGUCUUUCAAUUAUCCAUCCAAGUGUAUUAUUACUUAUUCCUCUAGUGUUAUUAAAUACAACUAGCGCCAGUUUGCAGAUUAUACCGCAUUUCACCAGCCUACCUCCAUCUAUCUCACAAUUUCUAUAUCCAUCAACCGAUGGUACCAGUUUCCCACCACUUGAACUUGUAUGUCGAGCAUGGCCACCUAAUUCUAAGCUGCAUAUUUUAGCCCAACAAUUGACAUCUCCAGGAUUCACUGAUCCAACAUUUGGUGCAAAUCCAAUUGUUUCUACUUCAUUAAUUGCUGUCAAUCCUAAUCAUCAUAGUAAUAAUAAUAACAAUAAUAAUAAUAAUAAUGGAUUAAUGCAAUUACCUUAUGGUCUUGGCAGUCAACGAUAUGCUAUUUUAUCCUCUACACAAAUCACUAACUCGUAUCAACCAAAUUUAGAUGGUACUAUUUCUGGUAAUAGUGGUUAUCAGUCAGUUAAUUCAUUGAUUAUUCAUGAAACUUUAACUGAUGCAAUUCGUGACAAUCCUGCAGCUGGAUCUCAUGACGAAGUUGCUAUUCGUCUUAUAGUUUCUAGUCAAUCAGAAUUAAGUCAAAUGGAAUUAAUACGGUUACACUGCUUAGCUACUACUUCGUUUGGUCGUAAAUUAAGUGCACCAUUCCGUGUGCUUCCUGCUAGUUUGGGUUCAUUCCCAACUCCUAGAAGUGGUGGACCAUCUUCAUCUCAUACUGAAAAUGUUGAAUUUCUACGAGGGAAUAUUGCUAUUGUUGACUGUUAUUUGCCAACUAAUAGUUUUCCCAAACCAUUAAUUGAAUUUGAAUUAAACAACACCGUUAUUGAUCUUACAGCUUCACAAAAUGAAAAAUACCGUCAAAUUACCCGUCCAGACGGGAAAAGAAUUAGUUUAUUAAUACAAAAUUUUCAACCACGUGAUUGUGGGAUUUAUCGUUGCGUGGCAAUCAAUCCAUUAACUAGAGAAAAGAAAUAUUCACCGGAUGCAGUGAAUUUAAAAAUUAUCAUCCCAGAUGUUCCUGUUGCCGGAAAAAUUCGUGUUCCUAUGGCAUCGGAAUCUAUAGAUCCUCGAAAUUCAGCAGCAUCCCAAGAAAUAGUCGUUCGAGAAGGUCAAAAUGUUACAUUGUUUUGUAUUAUUCAAAGUGCUCCACCUCCUAUUGUCACUACUUAUCCAUUUGAACAAAAUUCCACUGCACAUAAUCGUUUUCAUCGACAUAAUUUAUUUGGAUUAUUGGAGAUAAUAAAUGUACACCCUAGCGAUGCUGGUAUCUAUAUUUGUACAAAUCGUCAAUUAAGUUCUACUGCUCAACUACGUGUUCGAAAACGUUUACGUUUAACAACAAAACCUCAAGAUGUACUAAUUAAUCAUUUCGGUGAAAGUGUUCAAUUCAAAUGUACAAGUUCAAAUGAACAAAUUAUACCAUAUUGGUUAUUUAAUGGACAACCAAAAAUUACAGGAAUUGGAAAAAAUAAUACACUAACGAUAACUAAUGUUACUGUACAGGAUAUAGGAGUUUAUCAAUGUAUUGCACAUCGAUGGGAUCCUGAUCCAGAUCUAGAAGAAUGGGUAUCAGCAUCAGCUGUACUAGCAAUGAGUUCUGAUAAACUUAUUCGUACACCUCAAGAAUUAGCCUUAUUAUUGCCAACAUCGAAACAAGCAAUCAUGGAGGUGAAACCACCAGAAAUAAUCACCGAUAGUUUAACACCGAUUGCUGAACCAGUUUAUGAUAAUUUAGCAGUGUAUAUCACAUGGAAAGCAUAUACUAUCACUACUCCUAAUAAAUUGGAAACACAAACUCAUCAUGAUGGUGAUGAUGAUGUUAUCGGUAGCGAUAAUAAUAAUAAUAGUCCUGAUAAUAACGCUGGACAAAUUGCUUACCAUGUUGAAUAUUCCAUGCAAAUAAGUCCUGUUGAAAGACAAUAUAUCAAUUCUAAUCCAAAUAACAAUGUUGCUGAUAAUACCAAUAAUAAUAAUGGUAGUAGUAAUAAUGAUCAUCUUAAUAAUAAGCCAUCCUCUGAAUUAUCUGAUUUGCCUGCUUUAAUCGGAUUAAUUGGUCAUGAGGCUAUCCUGUGGAGUGAUCCAACUGCACUUAAUCAACAAUUUUCAUCGGCAUAUGCUUAUGCAACUGGUGAUCCGUUACAACCAGGCAGACGUUAUCGUUUUCGUGUCAUCGCUUUGGAUCCAUCUACUGGACUACAUUUAGUCCCACCAUCCGGUUGGUCAAAUAUAGUUAGUAUGGAGCAUAUUAGUCAAGUGGAACCACCACAAAUCAAAGUGGUUCGACCUAUGUCGGAAGGUCGAGUUCAUGUAGUAUGGAUGUUCAAUGGUGUUGGUGAUGUUCCUUCAAAUCCUAAUGAUUUAGGUAUAUUAUCCAAAUCAUCAAGCCCUUCAACUCAAAAUAAUAAUAAUAAUGGUUUAUCACAAAAAGAUAAAUCAUCAGAAAUUACUUCUAAUUCACUAACUACUUUCGGUGAUACAACGCCAUUAUUUCUUAAAGAUUCAAAUAAUUUACAAUUUAUCGCUGAUCAUUUUCUUAUACUUGCACGACCUGUAAUUAAACCAAAACGUGGUUCCGGUGGUACUAUUGAAUAUGGUGCUUAUUGGGCUACACAAGUAAAUGGUUCUAAUGCUAGAGAUGGUUUAUUGACAGGUUUGAAUAAUACUGCAAAUUAUCAAAUUAUAGUUUAUGGAGUUAAAGGAACUGGUGACAACCGACAGAUUACACGUUUCUCUAAAGCAGUCUAUGUAAAUAUGGCUUCGACUGACUACACUGGUCGUUACAGUUUACUGGAUACUUUAAAUAAUAAUCGUUUAUUAUACAUAAUCUUGGGUGGUAUAGCCGGUGUAAUGUUUCUAGUCAUGUUCAUACUGAUCCUGUUGUGUUUAUGUCGUCAACAUCAAGAUCGUCGUACACAUAGUCAACGUAAAAAACAAAAUGGUUAUGUACACGGGUAUAAAGAUUCACCGGAUUUUCAUCAUACUAUUGAUGGAACAACUAGUGGAAUAAAUAAUCCCCAAUUAUCGCAUGGUAAUAUGAUAUCGACUAAUCAAAGUAAUAAUAAUAAUAUUAAUAAUAAUAAUAUGAACACAAAUAAUAAUCCUUCCGGUGCUCUCACUAUAACUCAUACUACUAACAAUAAUACUGCUCUUCCUCAUAGUAGUAGUACACAUGAUCAUCAAAUUAUGCCAUCGGGAACAAUGAUGAUGAUGAUGGGCAAUUUACAAUGUAGUGGUCUAUCGGAACAUUCAACAUCAAAUAAUCCUGUACAAAAUGAAUUACAGCAUCAAAUGUACAUACAGCAACAACAACAACACCAAUCUGAUCAAUAUAAUUCCACUUUGGGCAUAUCUAAAGAGGCAGCGUAUCAACAACGUCAAGCUAUGCUAGGAUCACAAUUACAAUUACAACAACAACCAUCAUCAUAUAUGACAAAUCAACCAUCGUUAUCGCAUCAUCAAUCACAUCAUUCUCUAUUACUUCCGUCUGCUGGUGGUGGUACCGGUAAUUCGAAUUAUCAUAUACUUUCUGGACAAAAUAAUAAUACUAAUAAUAGUAAUGUACUUUCACCAACAAUGUUUCAUAGUGGUACUUUACCAGGUGGUGGACCACGUUAUUUACGACAACAAUCAUGUAAUUCACAUUAUUUCGGUAGUCAACAACCAUUAGAUAGAAAUAUGGUUAGUCCAAAUGCAAUGGAAAUGACUGAACUAUAUCAUCAACAAUAUCAGAAUGGUUACGCUUAUCAACAACCACAAUUACCGCCGAUUCCACAUCCACAAUCAUCAUCAGGUCUACCACCCCGUAUCCAACACCAUUGA